GAAUAUGGGCGAAGGAAUCUCUCACACAGCUAUAAAGAAAAUUUUGAAAAGUGAGAAGCGACAGCGAUUAUUUUGGAUAUUUGUAGUAUUAAUCGCCACAGGAUUUUCAUUUUACCAUUUAUCACGAUUGUGUCUAUUUUUGAAUAAUUGGCCAGUAUCGACGUUGACAACAAAGCAAUAUAGACGUAAACAGCCAUUCCCUGCCAUUACAGUUUGUAAUUUAAAUCAUCUUCGAAGAUCAGUUGUAGCCCAUAAAUCGAUCUAUGCUAUAAUUGGAGGAUUGAAGAAUGCUAGUACUAAACGCCCUAUACUAGGUAGUAAGGUGGUUGGCAAAAUGUUGGGCAGAUUGGGAUUACAAGACGUUUUAAUUCAGAUGUCCACUUCCAGUAAAGCUUUAUACAGCCACCAUUUAGAUCAUAUGUUGAUGAGCUGCUCCUUUAAUAAUAAACCUUGUACAACUCGAAAUUUUACCAAAUUUUACGAUUAUCAGCAUGGAAAUUGUUACACUUUUAAAACAAGAGAUUAUGUAAGAAAAAUAGGUCCUGAUCAAGGCUUACAGUUGGAACUGAAUGUGCAGCUGGAAGAAUAUAUCGGUAAAUUCUCACAGACUGUUGGUUUUAAGGUAGUUAUACAUGAAGAAAAUUCGGUUCCUUUUCUUUCCGAAAAUGGUAUCAUCAUAACACCCGGAACACAUUCACUCAUAGCUCUAGAAAAGAGUGUGACGUCACGUGUAAAUACCGAGACUUGUAUUGAUACACAAUCUGGUAAAGAUAACGGACAAGAAACUCAUGGCGCUACAUAUUCCAUACAGGCAUGCUCAAGAGACUGUUUCCAGACAAAUCUCUUACAACAAUGUGGAUGUUACGAUCCAUGGUACUCUCCUAACGCAUCAUUAUUUGAAGAUCUAAUUACCAAAAACCUUGAAAUAAGAAAAUGUAAUCAUACCAAUGAAGGAUGUAUUGACAGAAUAACAGCAUUGUUUGAAGACAAUCAAAUUUGUAAUGCAGAUGUUUGUCCCCCACCUUGCAUAGAAUCGACAUUUAAAUACCAGAUAUCAUAUGGUGUUUGGCCUAUAGAAGAACAACUGAUACCAAUUCAUGCCCGAUUUCAUAGUAAACUUCGUUCAGUUGGUUCAUACCUGCCUAAAAUUCAUUACAGAUAUACAACUCGUAUGAAAGAGCAAAUAAGAAAUAAUUUUGCAAAGCUGAAUGUAUUUUACAAUACACUGAGUAGCCAAUAUAUUGAAAGUUUCCCAUCAUAUACGUGGGUAAAUUUCUUGGCUGAAGUUGGAGGCCAGGCUAGUUUAUGGAUGGGAUUCUCUAUAUGGACAAUAGUAGAAACUCUGGAAUUAAUAUACCACCGAUAUACACGACAACAGCAAGAGAGAGACAAAUAUAAGUUACCCCAAAAUACCAACGAGUUUUUAGUUUAGUAGAGGAGUGCGACUUUAAAAUUUUGUGGAAUAAAAUAGAGUUAUAAAUAAUAUUUGUGACUAAAGGGCCAAAAGGCGAUACCUGUUGAACGCCAUGGUGCAACAAUUGAUAAAUAUAAGAGGCCGCAUAUAUCGGUUUAUUUGAUGUGUUUUAAUUAAAA